GUUAUAUCAAAUCUUUUUCCUCUUAUUCAGGAUGUGCACAAUGUGGGACGCCAUGCAUUUCCAUCACAGCAAUCAACUGAAGCUUGUCGCCGGACUCCGAGCCUGUGAAAUUGUGCUUGCGCCCAGAGAAACAAGUGAAGAACAUCAUGAAACAACGAUCCAACUCUGGCAGAUUGUUCGAGAAUGGCAUUCACAGUUCCAGAAUUUUAUAACUCACCAGAAAGAGUACAUAAAAGCACUCAACAGUUGGUUAAAAUUAAAUCUAACUCCAAUUGAAAGCAGUUUGAAGGAGAAGGUAUCAUCAUCAUCAGGGCAAGUUAAACCUCCAAUCCAAAAUCUUCUCCAAGCUUGGCAUGAUCAACUUCAAAAACUUCCAGAUGGUUUCGCCAAAAGUGCUAUCUACAGCUUCUCUGAAGUCAUCAACACAAUUGUGAUACAUCAGGAAGAUGAAUUGAAGCUGAAGGAAAGAUGCGAGGAAACCCGCAAGGAAUUCUUUCGUAAGAAGCGAAAUUUCGAGGAUUGGCAUCGCAAGUACAUCGAGAAGAGAGCCGGCCAAGCUAGCAGCGAGGAAGCAAAUCAGAAGGACCUUUUGGAAGAAAGGAAGUUUGCAGUGGAAAGUGUGGAGAUAAGACUCAAGAGUGAAGAGGAGACUUAUCAGAGAACCUGCAAGGAGGUGAGAGAGAAAUCUGUUGGAAGUCUUAGAAAUAAGCUGCCAGAGCUUUUCCAUGCCUUGUCUGAUUUCUCACUUGCCUGCUCUGAUAUGUAUAAGCAACUACAGAUCAUUACUCAGUCUGAGAAGCCAGUUUCUGCUGGUUAGACCUUACUUCUUUACAUGUACAUAUAUAGGCCUCUUGCAUGUAUACUAAUGGAGAAAAUUUUGGCCUGUUUUGAAAACUUUUUCAUUUGCUUUGAGAUAAAUAUAUUAUAUUGCAAUCAUUUCAAAGCAAAUUUAAAAGUUGUCAAAUCUAUCCUGUCAGGAUAUCCUCACAAAAUUUUUUUCUUGUACUAAUAGUUCCUUCUCUCUUAUUCUGAUUUGUGUUGUUGAUUGAUAUAUGUUUGCUAUAGAUGGUUUGAAUAAAAACAAUUGUGUAUACUGUAUUUAUAGAUGUACAAUCUUUGAGAUAAUGAAUGAUUUGUGAAUAUUUAUGGGUUUAUUUA